AUGCCAACUUUGUUCCUCUAUUUCUUCCUUUUCUUAUUCACUACCACUGUUACUAAACUCAUCCCCACAGUUCACAGCAACUGUAUUGAAGCCCAUAGACAAUCAUUGCUCCAUUUCAAACAAAGUCUUGUACUAUUUGAUUCCUCCAAAUCCUCCAAGCUUAUCACAUGGAAUUCGAGUACCGAAUGCUGUUCUUGGCUCGGUGUAACUUGCAGCACUAAUGGGAGUGUUGUUGGUCUUGAUAUCAGCAACGAGUCUAUCUCAUGCUACAUUGACAAUUCAAGCAGUCUCUUUCAACUUCAACAUCUUCAGAGCCUCAAUUUGGCUGAUAAUGACUUCAGAAGCUCCUCAAUUCCACCUGCAAUCGGAAAGCUUACAGAGUUGAGGUAUCUGAAUUUACGUGAUGCUUCUUUUUCUGGGGUUAUUCCCAUUGAGAUUUCACGCUUAACUAGGCUGAUAACUCUUGAUCUCUCUAGAAAUGGCUACCACUCUUUAGAAGUUGAGAACCCAAAUUUAAGCAUGCUAAUUCAAAAUCUCACAGAGCUUACAGAGUUAUAUCUUGAUUUAGUAUGGAUGCGAGGACUGGGGAGUGACUGGUGCGAAGCCAUAUCAUCUUCACUUCCGAAGCUGAGGGUGUUGAGCUUUUCUGAAGGUGAUCUUUCAGGCCCUAUUUGUGAGUCCCUUGCAAAGCUUCAAUCUCUGUAUGAGAUUGACUUGUCAUCCAACUCCUUCUAUGCUCCGGUUCCAAGAGUCUUUGCCAAUUUUUCAAACUUGACUUACUUGAGUCUUUAUAAUUCUAACUUGCUCGGAACAUUCCCUAAAGAGAUCUUUCAGAUACCUUCCCUGCAAACCAUUCACCUUUUUGAAAAUUUUGAUCUUAAUGGUUCAUUUCCAGAAUUUCCAAACAAUGGGUCUCUUCGAUCCUUAAUUGUAGAUGGGGUAAGUUUUUCAGGUGACCUACCCAACUCUAUUGGAAAUCUUAAAAUGUUGUCAAGCAUAGAUAUUUCAAAAUGCAAUUUCACUGGAUCAGUUCCCAAGUCGAUUGAAAACCUCACACAAUUGGCUUACCUGGACAUGUCAGGGAACAUAUUUAAUAGUCCCAUUAGUUCUAUUCACUGGGAAACCCUUGUUAAUCUAGAAACCCUCGAUUUGAGCAAUAAUCAACUCUAUGGGACUAUUCCUUCAUCUGUUGUUUCUCUUCCCAAACUGGAAAGAUUAACACUAUCCCACAAUCGGUUCUCGGGUCAAGUCCCUGAAUUUUCCAAUACCUCUUCACACUUGCUUGACACCCUUGAUUUGGAAAACAACAAUUUGGAAGGACAAAUACCAACAUCUAUCUUCAAUCUUCAAGGGCUUACGUCUCUCCAACUUUCUUCAAACAACUUCAAUGGCUUCCCUUUCUUGAGAAAUCAGUCCAUAUUAUUCUACUUCUUGGACCUUUCAAACAAUCAGAUUCAAGGCGAGAUACCUAAUUGGAUAUUGAGUCUCAAAUCUCCUCUCUCCCUUGAUCUUUCUGGCAACUCCUUGGCAAGUCUUGAAGCUCCUCUUCCAAAUUCCACUUCUGCUUUAUCUUCUCUGGACCUUCGUUCCAACAAGCUUCAAGAUAUCCAUUCCUCAUAUUCCUUCCUUCAGCUUGAUUAUUUGGGAUUAGCUUCUAACAAGUUGACAACAUUCCCAGACUUCUUGAGAAAUCAAUCCCAUUUAACCGACUUGGACCUCUCAGACAACCAGAUUCAAGGACAGAUACCCAAUUGGAUUUGGAUUUUGGAUUCUCUUCAAAAACUAAAUCUUUCUUGUAACUCCUUGGAAAGUUUAGAAGCUCCUCUAGUUAAUUCUACCUAUGUUCUGUCAUCGGUUGAUCUUCAUUCAAACCAACUUCAGGGACAUUUCCCCUUGUUCUUAACUAGUAGUUAUCUAGAUUAUUCAAGAAAUAAUUUUAGCUCUAGUAUACCGACUGACAUUGGUGACUUCAUGAUUGACUUUGAUGACUUAUUGGCUAAUGGGUUUUACCUUUCUCUUUCAAGCAAUAACUUUCACGGGGCCAUUCCAAAAUCAAUAUGCAAUCUAAGGGUUGAGGUUCUUGAUCUGUCCAAUAAUACCUUGAGUGGAAACAUUCCCCAAUGCUUGACUCAAUUAUUUUCGCUUUCAGUCAUUGAUUUGGGGAGAAACAACUUGAGUGGCACAAUUCCGGAUAAUUUUCUCAACGGUUCUCGGCUACAAACUCUCGACCUCAGCAACAAUCAGAUACAAGGUCGAUUUCCGAAAUCUCUUGUCAACUGCUCAAGGUUAAAGGUUUUAGACAUUGGAAAUAAUAACAUAACUGAUACUUUUCCAUGCGUUUUAAUGAGCAUAUCCACCUUGCGUGUCCUUGUUCUCCAGUCCAACAAGUUUUAUGGAAGCAUUGGAUGUCCCAAGACCAAUGACACCUGGCCUGUGCUUCAAAUAAUAGAUUUAGCUCAUAACAACUUCAGUGGUGAUAUGCCAGGAAGAAUGUCUCUGUCAUGGCAUGCUAUGGUGUCUAAUGACGAUGAUUCUAGAACUAACGUUGAAUAUUCUUAUUAUCCGACGAGUAGGAAUAUGAAAACGCAUAGUAGAGGUGGUGGUUCGUAUUUUAUCAUUUAUUAUAGAGAUGCAAUUACGACUACCAUCAAAGGUUUAGAGUUGGAUGUGGUUAGGAUUCUAACUAUAUUCACCUUGAUUGACUACUCCUCCAACAAAUUCAACGGAUCAAUACCUGAGGAAAUCGGAGAGUUGAAAUCACUAUAUGUCCUCAAUUUAUCCGGUAAUACUUUCACCGGAAAAAUCCCAUCAUCAUUUGGUAAGAUGCGACAGCUGGAGUCCUUAGAUCUCUCAAAGAACCACUUAAGCGGCCAAAUUCCCCCACAGUUUGCAAAUCUAACUUUCCUUGCAUUCUUGGAUCUCUCAAAUAAUGAACUGGUCGGGAAGAUCCCAACCAGCACUCAAAUUUCAACAUUUCCAAAUACCUCCUUCGAAGGUAACAAAGGAUUAUGGGGGCCUCCUUUGACAGUGGAUGCAGUAUUGCCACCACCAAUUUCAAAUGGAAGCUCAAGUCAUCCCAAUUCUGGAGAUGAGAUUGAUUGGGAUGUUAUCUGUGUUGAAAUUGGAUUUACAUGUGGGUUUGGAAUUGUCAUCGGGUCACUUUUGUUUUGCAAAAGUUGGAGGAAAUGGUAUUACAGAACUAUGCGUAGUAUUCUGUUCAAGAUAUUCCCUCAGUUGGAGCAGAGAUUUGGUAAUCAUAGAAGACACGUCUACGUAAACGUAAGGCGUUGA